GCGAGCCCCGGGGUGGGGCCGAGGGCGGGGGCGGCGGCGGGGAGGGGCUCGCUCAGCAGGCGCUAAGUCGCUUUAUUGCCAUAAAAUGGGGCCCCCGAGCCGCUCCGCCCGAGGAUUAGGAGGCGGGCUCUGAGUGUGAUGGUUGAAAUCCCCUGUGGGAAACUAACCCCUCCCCGCUCGCAGAGGUAGAAGGCAACACCCACUGCCCGGCCCUCGCCUCGCCGCUCGGGCCGCCGGCUUGGGGGGUGGGUCCGCGGAGCCUCCACCCCGCCCCACCCCGCCCCACCCCUGCCCCCGCCCCCCGGCCUCGGCCGCGCUUCGCGAUCACCUGCACCACCUUGCUGCGGCACCCAAAAUAACCCACACAUGGCCAACACCGCCUUGGGAGCCACGGGGCGCGGGGGGCCUGCGGGAGGAACCCCCGAUUUCAACUCCUCGGGAGCGGACUCGCGCGGAGCCGCCAGAAAGUCCCCUCUUUUGUGCCAGAUCCCGCUAGGCUGCCUUAGGAAGGGAAUUUGGAGACAAAUAAAGCGCGGAGCCCGCUCGGCCCACCCCUCCUCCGCCCCCGCCGGUCCCCUCCCGCCCGGGUGGAAACGUGCGGGGAGAGGGCAGGGUGCCCGAGCCGUCCCCGCGGCUCACCCACCAGCUAACUUGGAAAGGUGUGGGCGGAGCCGGCUCCGGCGGCCGGCGGCGGCUUGGGACCGCUCGCGGGGACCGCCCCCGUGGCUCCGGGCAUCGCCCGCGCCGGGCAACAAUGGGGUCCCGGCCGGGGCAGCCCGGGCGGGCGGUGCCCUGGGCGCGGGGGCGCACGCGAAGGUGGGGCGCGUGCAGGACCGGGUGCGGAAGGCGGUGGGGAAAUCAUUGUUUGGGUUCUCGAGCGACGCACGUUGCGGGCGAGGCGGGGGCGUCCUCCAGCCCAGCGCUUCACCUUGGCGGGAUGAAUGGGGGCGAGGCGGAGCCGCACGCCCGGUUCCGGACCCCCGGGAGAUGGGAUACCCGCCCUCGCUCGGAAUUUGGGCAGGAAGCGGGAGCUGUAGAUACCAGCCAAGGGGCUGCGGGAGAGCGGAGUCCGGCCCUCCCCGCCCCGCGCCCCAGAAGGGAGCCCCGAGAAGCGAGCGGCCCGGAGCUGAGUCCUCGACGCCCUUCCCGAGGGUCCCUCCCUCCCUCCCCGCUUCCGCGCCCCGGGGAGCGGAUCGACGCGAUUCUGGGGCGGGAGCGAGAGGAGGCGGGCAGCGCGGCCCGGCGCUCCCGCGGCGGCCGGGAGGGCGCGGGGUCAGCGCGGCGGAGAAGGGUCGGCGGGGGCAGGGCGGCGAGCGGACGGAAGCGGGCGCGCUGGGAGCAGAGCGGGCGCGGCGGCGAUCGCGUGCGCCACUUUCUUGCAAAGCUGGUUUUCCUCCCUGUACACCUGGGAUGGCACCUUCUUUAUUAAGAUGUGGAGAAUGAAUGACGGCUUAUGUAUCUUCUGAGUACCAAGGUCUUUGAGAAUUCCCAAGAAUUGUGCAUGACCACCUGGCUUCCCUGGUAAAGAACUUGCCUGCAAUGUGGGAGACCUGGGUUAGAUACCUGGAUUGGUAAGAUCCUCUGGAGAAGGGAAAGGCUACCCACUCCAAUAUUCUGGCCUGAAGAAUUCCAUGGACUGUAUAAUCCAUGGAGUCGCAAAGAGUUGGACACGACUGAGCGACUUUUGCUUUUUUUUUUCACUUCUUAAUUAUCCCACCAAUGCCUUAUUCAGCACUCAAUACACAAGUCCCUAAAACUUUUUUAUGGAAAGUAACUUCCAAAUUGCCUGGCACAUUGUGGGUGCCCUAGGAUUAUUUAUUUUCCUUUUGUAUUAGCCAGAAUGAUUAAUUUCUUUAAUACAAAUAAUUCAUUCUUUGUUUACUAUUAAAGUACACCUAAAUAUAGUCACCUACUAGAGUAAUAAACUUUGUCAAGAAAAAUUGUCUAAAGGAAUAUAUGAGAUUUCUAUGUUAGUUCAAUAAAAUGUUUGGACCCAUUUAA